AUGCAGAUUCCUAAAGUAAAAGUUUGUAAAAAAAUUUUUUUCAAAAUAAUAACACUUAUUCUCAUAUCAGGAUCGCCUGGAGGGAUACUUAAUGUCGAAGGAAACAUUCUCAAAACAGCCAAAGCAACUCAGCUGAAUGCCAUCAAAGAAGACCUAGAGGCUGAAUCACAACUGUUUAAGGAAAAAGCUCUUAGGGAACUUUUCACCUUCGAGACCAUGUCGACGCUGGAAUGUUCACAAGCUCUUGUAGAAAUGGUCGAAAUCUCCGCCGCCUACCACCGAACUUGUGCCACUAUAUUAGAUGAAUUGGCUCCGCUACUAAGAGCAGAACUUGAUGAACAAUGUCCCCUACCUGUUUAUGGCCGUAGCUUGGAAACGCAUUUAGUCGUAACACAUGCAAAAAUCGCUUAUCCCCUGAAAAUCUGUAUUCAAGUCUUAAACAGAGACGCUGCUCUGUGUGAAGAAGGCCUUUUCCGCAUUGCUGGAAGCAAAACCAAAGUUGACACUUUGAAGAGUGCACUUAAUUCUCUUCGAGCGGAGAGUGUUAUAGACCAAUACGACUACUAUGUGAUAGCUGAUGCUAUGAAACAGUACCUCCGAAGUCUCCCACAACCGCUUCUUACUACUCACCUUCUUAAUGAAUGGGCAGGAGCGCUACAAAUAAAAGACAAGUCAGUUCAGAUACUGCGCUUGCAGCAGAUUGCACGUAAAAUGCCGCUAGAAUAUGAACGAAAUGCCGGUUUCUUAUUUCGAUAUCUGUGCCGAUUGAUAGAGCACACACAUCAUAAUCGAAUGACUCCUGCUAGUUUGGCCAUCAUCUUUGGACCUUCUCUUCUUAAUCCCUCAUAUUCACCUAAUUCGUCUCCGCAAAAUUCUGAAGAUAUUCCUUCUACUACAUCGUUAGAUUGUCAACCAGUUCCAGGUCAGCUUAAUGGCUAUUCCAUGCCAGCACAGCUAGCCUUUCAAGGAGCCUAUAAGGGUCUCAUUGAGCUUCUUAUUAUUCAUGCAAAUGAAAUCUUUUCCCAUCCUGAUGAUGAUAACGAUAGUGAAUUGGUAGAUAUGUUGGAUGAUAAUGAUGAUAGUGAAGAGUUUACUCAAACGUCAAUUUCACUCGCUUCGGAACCUUUAACCUCCAAUACUCCAACUCGUCUAUUAAGUUCUGGUGACACAAAGCGCGCUGCUCGCGCAAUGAAUGAAAUUAUUAGGCAGUCAAGGGCGUUUAAAAAUCUUCCCCAACGACUGCGUUCAAAGCAUGGCAAAUCGCCAAGUGGAAGGAGCAAUACUGCUUCCAAGACUAAUGAAAUUGCCAAACCAAUCCCCAUGACUGGACGAUCACUAACUCCCGUGCUAAUGCGCAAGUCGAAGGACUUGAAAACUUCUCCUAGGUUGGAUAGAACGCGAAGUCUCACACACGAGGAGAUAUCUGUACUUGAAGAGCCUGAGACCAUGGAAGACAAGAGAAACCCAGCUCUUCCUAAUCGGCAGUCACCAAGAAGUAUCCUUCAACAAAAGCAUAUGGAAUGGCGUCGUGCAAUGCUAGAAGUUACUGAAGCUGACUCUCAAGCAGAGGGGCACAAAUCUUCCAUCCAUGGUGAUCUCUAUGACACCCUUUUCACUAUUCAAACGCUGAAUAGUAGUAAAAAUUGUGUUGAAGAGUUACUAGCCCGAGUUCGGUCUGUUUAUGAGUCAAGAAGUGCAAUGGGAAAGGUAACAGUUCCAGCCCCAUCUCAGAACAAUGCUACUGGAAUUGCCGCAAAGUCUGAUGAGUUAUCAGUUUCAAAACCAACGUCAAGCAAUGGUGCUUAUAUGUUUAGACGACACUCAACCUCCAGUCUCUCUGUGUUAGACCAGAAUAUGACUAAAGCUUGUGCCGUGGCAACAACAAUCCAGCCCGCCCAAGCCUUGGAAGGAGUUAUGAUGUCAUCGACGAAUUACCGGAAGAAGUGUUCUACAACACCUGGGUAUUUGAAUAGUAGGGCUCUGCACAGAGUAACCAUUCCCCUAUUAGCUAAAGUAGACAAAGAUCGCAAGAAAAGACCGACUAGCUCCAUUGGAAGACCUCUGCGGUAUUCAAUUAAAGAUUCGAAUGUUGAAUCCACCUCUUCACUUGUAACUAUGCCUUCUGUUACACGUACAGCUGAAUCUGCAAUAACUAGACCAACUAAACGCACAACUUUGCCAAGAACGAGUCUUGAUUUUAAUCGACCCUCUUAUGAAAGGCAAACCAUUGUUUCAGCCACCAUCCCUACGUCAAAUUACUCUACCGUUUCUCUUGAAGGUAAUUUAGAAAUUAUUUUCGUAAAAGGUAUUACUAUACCAAUAUUUUAA